CUUGACGCCCACACCGUACCGUCACCCUUGACCAUGCUUGUCACGAAAACAUUUCACGAUAUUCAGACAAAACAAGAUCCUAAUGGUCGCCCUAUGAGAAUAUUCGUCAUCUCUCCCGUCCUCAAGGAAUAUCCUCACGCAAAGUUUCCCGGCGUUGUCGUAUUCAGCGAAAUCUAUCAAGUUACUGGUCCAGUAGAAAGGUUCGCUAGUCAGAUCGCCAGUCAAGGUUAUGUUGUCGCUUGUCCCUCGUCGUACCAUGAGUUCGAGGGCCCUGACCCCAUUCCCUACGACACUGAAGGGACUGAUAGAGGAAAUAAGUACAAGGCGAGAAGAUCGCUCCCUGAUCGAUUGGUGCAAAAUGCUCAGUCACCAUGUUCGCGUGCAGAUCGAGAAGAGAGUCGACGCAUACGAUGAGGACGCCACCCUUUCUGUUGAUCUUCUCAUCUCGUUGUCAAAUUGUAACGGAAGGAUUGCAGCCACUGGAAUGUGUCUUGGAGGACACCUCGCUUUCAGAGCCGCGUUCGACCCUCGGGUGUUGGCGUCAUUCUGUUGGUUUGCCACUGACAUUCACAGUGCCACGCUAGGGAGAGGCAAGAAUGACGACUCCUUGGUAAAAGUGCGCAAUGGAGAGCUCACGGGAAAAGGGGAACUGAUUAUGGUUUUCGGAAAGCAGGAUACACAUGUACCGCGGACUGGACGUGACCUCAUCCGUAGCACUCUGGAGGAAGCUAACGUCCCUGUGACGUUCCUUGAAGUUCAAGCUCAACAUGCCUUCAUCCGCGACGAAUCUUCUAAAGGACGAUAUGAUGCUGCCUUGACCAGAUCGCUGUUUGGAAUGAUGAUGGAGGUGUUUGACAGAACCGUCGCGAGGGACUUGGGUCAGAGAGUGGUCAAUCACAAACCUGUUGAACACGUCUGCUGAAUAGUGAACGCUAGUCUAAACAAUAUUGUACAUCUCGUCACUCAGGUCUUAUGCUUAAGAUAUGUUUUGUCAUCACGGAAUCGUCUCGUUCCAAAGAGCGUCUCCCAAGCCCCGAUCCUGG